AUGGAUAAACAACCUUUGAUGGUUUCUGAGGCAUCAAAUUCCUUGAAAAAGCUCAAAGAAAUGCAAGAAAUAACUGACGGUUUAAAACUUGAAAUUCAUCGUAAAGAGGCUCAUGUGAACAUCUUACAACAGAAGCUAAAACGCUGUGAGGACAGCGUACGGGAAACAUUAUUAUAUCAUGAUAAGGAAAAGGAUGAAUUAACACGUCAAUGUAUUACACUACGAGGUGAACGUGAAUUAGCAUUACGUGAAAUUUAUCAAAAAGAUGAACAAUUAACUGAAUUACAAUAUCAAUUAUCCAGUCAAAAAUCAAAUGUUGCAGCUAUGGAAAUACAAUUAGAUAUUCUAAAGGCUAAACUUGAUGAUGAAACAAAACGAGCAAAUGAUUUAGAAAAAUCUUUAAUUGAAAGUCGUUCAGAAUUAAUUGAAUUCAAUACAAUAAUAAGACAAUUAGAAAUUCAUUAUCAACAAGAAUUAAAUCGUGUUCAAUCAACACCACAAAAUGAAUUUAAAGAUAAAAUACGUCAACUUGAACAAAAACUAAGUGAUGCCUUCCUAAAGUCAGAAAAUGAUCGAUACAUUAAAAAUAAACAAACUGAUAAGAAUGAUAUACUUUUAAAAGAAAAUGUCUAUUUGUCUAGUGAAUUAGAAAAAUUAAGAAAAUUAGCUGAAGAAUCUCAAUCAUUAUUUGAACGAAGUCAAAUUAAACAAACAGCAGAUAUUGCUGAGCUGAAUCGAUUAAAACAACGUGAAAAUGAAUUAAUGCAUAUGAAUGCAAUGCUUCGUCAAGAUGUUUUACUCAAAUCUAAUGAAAAUGAUAAACUUCAACAACAGCUUGCAUAUCAAGAAAAAACAUUUGGUAAUUUACUGUCAGAUAAACAAAUCCAACCAAAUUUAACUCAAGAAUUUGAAUCUUUGAAGAGAGAACGUCAAAUGUUAGUCGAGAAUAUGAAGAAGAUUAAUGAGGAGAUAGCUGAACAAAAACUCAAAAUUGAUCGAUUAGAAAAAGAGAAAAUUAAUAAACCUUUAAACAACAACAACAUUAACAACAACAAUGUUAGUAGUCUACCAAAUGAUAAUUUGAAAAACAAACCAAUCAAUGACAAUAAUAAUAAUAAUAUUAAAAAUACUAUUCAAUUAUUAUUGAAUGAACCAAAUUUACCACCUGUAAAUGUUAACAACAAAGCCAAUAAUGCAUCAUCACCAAGAACAGGACACUUGAAUCCAGUAGAUGAGGCGAUUGUUCAAGCAAUUCAACGAAAACCUAGAAAGUAA